CUGAAGGAAAACUCUUACGUUACGGACUCAUAUUUCCAGGAUGCGCUGACAUAUGUGACAUGCCCGCGACGAUCGACUGUUACAGAUAAACUCUACCCGGCUUCUCCACUCCUUCAGCAGCCAUGGCUCACUUUGCAUCAGGAGGGACCGUGUUCACCAUCCUCCUCAUUAGCAGGUUGUUAGAGGGCUCGAUGCUCAACGCAGAAGUGAAGGAAGGAGAGAUUCUGCCUCCCACCAUUCAGAGGCUGAUGAAAGGAUACAACAAGUACCUGAGGCCUUUCUUUGACAAUGGUCCUGUAACAGUUGGUAUGAGCUUGGACAUUGCCAGUAUUGACACCAUUUCAGAGAUUAACAUGGACUACACAGCCACCAUAUUCCUCCGCCAGCGCUGGACGGACGAGCGCUUGGUGUUUGAGGGCAACAAGAGCCUGAGCCUUGACGGGCGCCUAGUGGAGCUCCUCUGGGUCCCUGACACCUUUAUCGUUGACUCCAAGAAGUCCUUUCUCCAUGACAUCACCGUGGAGAACAGGCUGAUCCGCAUCUUCCCCAACGGGACCGUCCUUUACGCACUGAGGAUUACCACCACCGUGGCCUGCAACAUGGAUCUGACUAAGUAUCCCAUGGACAAGCAGACCUGCACCCUACAACUGGAGAGCUGGGGUUACAACACCAAUGAUGUCAUGUUCUACUGGACCAGAGGGAACGAGUCUGUCAGCGGCUUAGACACUCUUCAGCUGGCCCAGUACACAGUGGAAGACCACUACACCUCUGUGUCAGAGGCCAUCUAUGAAACUGGCAACUACCCCAAGCUGGUCUUCCACUUUGAGCUGAAGAGGAGCAUUCUAUACUUCAUACUGGAGACUUAUGUCCCCUCGAGCCUGCUGGUUGUCCUCUCAUGGGUCUCCUUCUGGAUUUCCCUGUCUUCUGUUCCAGCACGUAUUUGUAUAGGAGUGACCACAGUGCUCACCAUGACCACUCUGAUGAUGGGAGCCCGGACGUCACUGCCCAAUGCCAACUGCUUCAUCAAGGCCAUUGAUGUUUACUUGGGAAUCUGCUUCAGCUUUAUCUUUGGGGCGCUCAUUGAGUACGCCGUGGCCCACUUCUGCACCCUCACUUACACCGACACACACAUUCUCAUGUACGGCCACCAAAUGCACGACUUUGACGACGAAAUGAACGGCAUCGUCACCACCAUCUCCAGUCACACCAACAGGGCCAAGAGACGCAAGGAGCCUGCCGCAACUCCUUCCCCAGCUCCCGCCUCCACAGAACUAACAGUCAGUCCGUCCAGCCCCUCAGGCAGUGAGCCUAAGCCCGAGGCGACCCCUCCGGAGCCCACCCACUGGUGCCUCACUGUCCUGGCCACCCUCCGCAAACUCUUCAGCUUCAUAAGCUGCUGUCACGUGAAGAACCCCCACCACAUAGACAACUACUCAAGAGUCACCUUCCCCCUGUCUUUUGUCAUGGUUAAUCUGCUCUACUGGAUAUAUUAUCUCUACUUUUAGCAUUUGCUCGUGUGCAGCACAUUUCCCAGAGAGUGUGAGACCGAGCGUGUUUGUAGUAUUUUACUGUAUGUAUGUACAGUAAGUGUUAUUUAGGUGUGUUCUGAGAUGAGUGUUUACAAUUUCUACAUUUGGAUUCAUGAGUGAAGUAGCGUACUCAUAAAGAGUUGUUUUCAAAGAUGGAAAGAAAGAAGGAAAGACAGAAGGAGCAAUGCUUAUAAUUACAGCUCCAUUUUUAAAUAAUAGUGUGCUUGAAUUGAGUCAUUGCUCUACAGCUGUACAGCUGGUUUUGGCAUUCCUGACACUGAUUGAUGAGAUUUGAUAAAUUCUGAGAUGAAAAGAUAAUUGCCUACAAAGAUAAAAACGGCCAGUCUGCAUCUUUCUCACUGCAGCAUAUUUAUUUUAACUAUAUCGCUGUCUGACACGGAGAAGGUGGAGCUGUAAUUUAAGGCUUUAUGACAGAAUUUGCCUGCGUUGUUGAGGGAGAGCAAAUGCCCAUUCCACUUUGAUUCUCCACUGUGAUGGAUUGAUCAUUGAUAUUUUAUUAAUUUUCCAUUUCUGCCUGCCGGUGCAACAUUUAGAGUGAAAUAGGAAAAAAUAAUGGAUGGGAGAAAAAGGGUGAAAAAGAGGGACAGGGGAGGUGGAAAAAUAACUCAACAAUGGAGAGUGUGUUUAAAAACUAUAGUCUUCCAAGGACGUCAUCAUUUCCUCUCACUGUUGAAAUCUCUUUUUCUUCUGUGAGUUAUUUUUAAUCCAGUGAACAGCACUGUCUCUCUUUGCUGGUAUUUGUUUUAUUCACUGACACUAUAAAUGUAGUGGCCUUGAUUCCUUCAGUUGUGUCCUGGAAAUGUGGCGACCAUGAACAGUGGCACUUGUCAUCACACUUAUCUCUUAUGCUGUUUGACAAGGAAGGUAACCUGCACCCAGAGCUUAUGGAACUCUGAAGUGUUCAACGUUAAAUAGAUAAAUAAGACAUUAUGAAAGUAAUAACUGAGGAAUAUAUAAUCUUGAAAUAUGACCUAACCAAUUGCGAAAUAAUUUAAUGAAUUAUUAAACCUCAGCUGGUCAUCUUUAUUUAAUUACAAAUUUUUUUUAUUCUGGUUCUGAAGAUGGUUCCUCUAGCUAGUAGCAGCUAGCUGGUUGCACAGCUCUGGCUGGCAGUUGGUGAGGAGAAGCUAAGCUAGAGGCACAGUGAUUGGCUGACGGUGGGUAAAUAUUUGUAUGCAUUGGCUAAUGACAACUCCACACUCUCAUAUAAAGUGUUGCAGAAAAAAAUGCCAUUAUGAAAUAAAAAAUAGACUUUUAAAAAAGGGCAUGUUAAAAUAAAUUCUCUCCUUUUAAAUUAUUAUAAACAUAAGGAUGAUGACAUAAUAUUUCAUAAUAGUGGAUUGAGUGUUAAUAUUUUAUUAAAUGAUUUCACAAUUUGUGAGUUCAUUUAUAGAUUUUACUUUAAAAAAAAAUCCAUAUGAUUAUUUAUUUCACCCCGUCCUAUUUAUUUAAAGCCCCUG